AUGUUUUCCAAGUUGCUUUUGCUUGCUUUUCUUGCUGCAAUUGCUAGCUGCCAGGCCAGAAAGCUUGGUGAUUUUGGUGAAGAGAAGCCAAUGAUUCACCAUAUGCAUGCCUAUGGUGGCGGCGGCAGUGGUGGGAAUGGUGUUUAUGGAGGUGGAUAUGGUCAUGGAGGAGGAGUUGGGGGUGGAAAUGGAGGAUUUGGAGGUGGAGGUGGAGGUGGUGGUGGUGGUGGUGGUGGAGGAAGUGGAUAUGGAGGAUUUGGUGGAGGUGUCGGUGGUGGUGGAAACGGAGGAUUUGGAGGUGGCGCUGGCGGUGGAUUUGGUGGUGGAAACGGAGGAUUUGGUGGUGGUGGGAAUGGAGGAUAUGGAGGUGGUGGGAUGGGCGACGGCGGAUAUGGAGGAGGCAUUGGUGGAGAAUUCAUGGAUCAGCUACGACCUUGA